GGGAAGGGGUAUGACCCCUCGGGCCAGAGAGGACUUUGUUCCUUCUCUUGGAAGAGGUCGUGGACUUGCGUCUCAUGACCUUUCUCUGUUGGCCGGCAGCAGUGUCUCUCCUGCUGUCGGAAGGGGCAGAGGAGCAGUUCCCGCUGCUCCUAGCCCUUCUCCCAGGCUAGCCACGCCUGAUGCUUCGGAGGAGUGCGAGGAAACUUCCUCAAAGAAGAAGAGGGGUUCUCAGAAGUGCCCAAUGCGCGGAUGCGGUCAUAGGACCGUUAGGAUGCAGCAACAUUUGUUGCAGCACCUUCCCGAAUAUUUCAGGCCGCGCAAGGUGCAUUCGGGACCAAGAUUCCGUGAAGCACUUCGUCUUCGGCGGGCUGCAUGGCAUUACAUUUCGCAAUGCCUGCUAGGGGAUAGGGCGGAUGAGUUCGCGCUCGUAGAGCAUGUGAACUCAAGAUGGCAUGCAGAGUCUCCUCGGGUUUCCCAGGAGGAUCUGUUCGAGAUGAGGGCCAUGAUUGACCACCAUAAGUGGCCAAGAGUAGACCCUGCUCUCGAGCCUCGAGUGAACACGCCUGCAGCGUUGAUUCAUUACCGUCCCUUAGUUUUUCUGUUGGACCUACUCUCUGAUACUCAGCGAAAGCAUAUCGUUGAGUUGAGAGAGGUUCCAGGAAGACGUGCGCCACAGAUUCCUGUGAGGUCUGCAGCUCAGGAGUCUGUGACCCCGACGUCGGUCCCUCCACCUGUGCCUCAGCCAGAGGGAGGUCGACCUGACUUGGGCCCUACUGACCCCGUCAAAUCCACAUUGACCCUUAGGGGUUUCGAUUCUCAUUUUCACCCGGACGGUCUUCAUGCUUUUGCAAGGCAGGUCCAGCAUCCUACCCCUAUGGCUCCUGGGAGGGCACCCGUCCACUGUGUAAACGUGGAGGGGGGAGUGAAAAACUAUUGUUUUCCAGAGUUUUUCACUAAUCCUGCCCUUGAACAGGAUCUCCUGAAUAUUCAGGAAGGGGCAAUGUGGAAGAUUGCUGUUGGGAUCCAUCCCAAGCAGGCCCAUCUCUAUACUAGGAGACAAUGGGACCUGCUAAUGCAUUACCUUGCCUUUCCCAGGGUAAUCGGACUCAGUGAGGUCGGGCUCGAUCACACCAUGAGUCCAGAGGUAUGGAGACAUCAGGAGGCUCUCCUGUAUCGUCUCCUAAGCCUUGGUACCUUGGGCAAGGUAUUAAUAAUGCAUAUUCGGGGAUCGGAUCGGGACCGUUUGGGCAAGAAUGUUUAUUCUAUUGUCCUUAAGGCAUUACGGGAGAAGUGCCUGGUGCAUCAGAGGAUUCAUCUCCAUUGUUUCACUGGAGACCUCUAUGCAGUCCGCGAAUGGACCCAAGCCUUCCCCCAUUGCUACUUUGGUAUAACGGGUUAUUGCAAGAACUUCUCUACAAAGCAGCGUGCUGCGGUCCGGGAGAUCCCGCGGGAUCGGCUCCUGUUGGAGACUGCUUCUCCCCAUCUUAAGGUCCAUCCAGACCAGGCGUAUAAUACCCCUGCCUAUCUGGGUGAUGUGGGCCAAUUGGUGGCGACAUACCGUGGGACCUCCCUUACAGAGAUCAUGACCAUAACAUUUGCCAAUGGGCUGCGGCUUUAUGGGUAGGCCUCCAGUCCAGAGAACUUCACCCCUAGUUGGAACACUCGUUGAAAAAUAAGUUUUUAUUGUUUUUUAAUGAAUUUUGAGAGUUACUUACUCGCCAAAUUUUAUCUAAUAGGUAUGAAAUAGGAAACGUCUAUAUUAAUGUUAUAAAAUAAACACAAACCGAUUUCCAUCAUUUAAUUUUAUGAAUAUGUAUGGUUCGAAUAAACGUUUCAUACCUAUGAUGCAACUACAGAAGGUAGUCUGUUCUGAACAUAUUUUAGGAGAUAUUUUUUAUGUUUGAAAGGCAAUACAUUCGCACCUAACUACCCAAGUUGGUAAAGGACUUAACAGGUGAAUGAAUUAUUUUGAGCUGCUUAGUAAUAUUGGUUUCUAAAAAUUACCACUGAAAAAAAAGGGAAGAAAAAUUUUACUGGUGGAUCAUUUAUGUACAUAUUAAUUUCUAAAAAUUUUACUGGUGGAUCAUUUAUGUACAUAUUAAUUUCUAAAAAUUCGUAAUCCAGGUUAUGUCUGUGGAAAAGCUGAUUCUUAGCCUGUGAAAUACUUAAUGUUUUGAUCAGUUCCACAUCUUGAUUAUUACGUCUUUCCUGUUGGUGUGACGUUAUUGUGUACUGAGGAACAUUUAUAUGAUUCCUAUCAGUACAGAUUUUACGUCUUUCCUUCUGGUGUAACAUUCUUUUUGUAUUGAGGAGUUAUUCUUGUAACUCCUACUAAUACAGAUGUUGAAAAUAGACAUGAUGCUCAGGUAUAACAAUAUUCUUUCAGAGAAGUGUUAUGAGAGACCUUCUCUUAUCUAUACUCCUCACUUUAUAUCGCAGACUCUGUUAUAACAAUCUGCUUUUCUACAUUUUUUCAAUUUGUGGGAAGGAUUACAUGUGUGAAAAAAUGAACCAUUUCAUACAUACACCCAAAGGGUACUGGUUAAGAACCAAUAUUAUUUUAAUGAUAUAACUUUGACCUUGCCAUACUGUGGCAGUAACAUAUAUCUCACCAGAGGUAACUCCUUAUACAUAAAUGAACCAAAAUGUCUUUUACACAGAGUGUUUCCUUAACUAGGGUAACAAGAGUAUCCCUUAUUUAAAUGAGUACACCUUGUCCUCUCCAUCUUUGCUAAAUUUUAGUAUGUUGGUUUGUAUGUUUCCUUCGGAAUCUGGAGAUUACUUUCCUGCAGUUGCCUGGACAGGUGUUCUUGCCUUUUGAGGUUAUUUAAUCAAACUUUUAAAUCUUCUAGUUUGGAGGGAUGCUUUCAGUUAUGAAUUGAAGUUCUUAUUGGCCUCGCUCCCAGGUUCCUUGAUGUGUAUGCAUCAGAGAUUGUGUGAUUUUCCUUAGGCAAGGAGAUGCCACACAAUCUUGGGAACCGGGAGGAAUGUUGUGAAUUUGUGUUGUCUCUUCGGUAUCCAUCCUCUUUGGGCUGACGGGUCUCACUUACGUGUGCGUGUGCACACUUUUGCACACGCGCGUAUUAUGUGCGUCCCCUGCAGCCCGUAAGGUGUAUCGGCCAAGAUCCGCCAUUCUCGGAUCUGGGCAGCAUCAGUGAGGAUCUCAACCUACACUUGCUGCUCCGGGUUCGGGGACUUCCAACACGCGCUCACAUCCAUCCAAGUUCACCAACCAAUCCUGAGUGAUACUGAGUGACACUUUUUACUGACUGUUAUAAUUGCUGUGAUGUUCGCCGGCGAUGUCCCGGGUGUCGUCGACGUAUUUGUAAGUAUAUCUGAGUUUCCUCCUUUUCCUGUCCUGACUCUUGCUUUCACUUUGCCUAUUUUCUAAUCUUGUGUGUGUGCGACUUUCUUGACUUAGUUUAGAAAGUCUACAUUUUGCACUCUCCCCCUUUCAUGAAGAGCCCCCAAACUCUUCAAUGUAUUCAGAUCCCAGAUUUGACAGAUGCACGUUGUACAAUUAUUGCGAUUGGAGAUGUUACUGAUGGGUAUGUAUACUUUUUGUCAUAUUGAUGUUGAUAAUCUUGGUAUUGAUAGUCUUGUUAGUGAAUUACUUGAUGUUUAUUUUUAUUUUUUUUUUUCAGGUAUUUUGAUCUUUUUUUUACAUGAUAGUAGGUCUCUGUAGAAAUCAUCAAGUAUAUUGGUUUUUAACACUCAUAAGAAUGUGUUUGAAGAAAUAUUGAUUUUGCAUUAAUAGCAUAGAUUACUUGACAAUUUUGAAAAAUUUGUUUGUUGAAUAAAUAAUAUCACUUUUUUAUUGUGUUUUACCAUGAUUAUGUAAAGAAUUAAAAAUGUUAUUUUCAUUAAAAUCUUAUUGAAUUAAAUGUUAGAAUUUCAAAAAUUAUAAUAAGAAAAUGUUCAAUAUUAAUAUUUUUGUCUGUCAUAUUUGUUUCAUGAGCCUUUUUUGUCACCUGUUUUGGAAGUUUCUUAGGUUGUUGUUUUGGGUUGUGUCAAUAUUGUGUGAAAAAUUUCACACUUUCUUUUUUAAUUUAUUAGAGAAAGCAAAAUUGUGGGUAUAGCAAUAGCAUUGUUAUUUCUUUUUUGCAAAUAUUUUGGAAAGAAUCAUGUUAGGCAUUUGAAAUUAGAGUUGUUGGCUAUGACAUUGAAAUUUUGCUAAAGUUGUCAAUUUCAGGAUGUCCAUUGGAGCCAUCAUUAAACUAUGAAAAUUUUUAACUGUGAGCAGAUUAUUUGAUUCAGAUGAAUCUGUUACAGUUAUGCAUGUUCUUUUUUCUUUUGAAUGAAAGCAUUUUGGUGUCUGGGGAUUGCUCUGUAUCAAAAAUUUGAUCGAAGUUGAUUGUCCCUGCAACCAGCCCUUGCACCACUAAGUACAAGUCUUAAGUAAUAAUUAAGGAAGGCAUGCAUACAGAAGUUGAAGGAAGAGUAUGUACAUGCAUUUGGGAACUUUUGCUAUCUUUUUUUCUUAUGAUUUUCUGUGCCAAUCAUUUGUAAAUUUGUAAUUUUUACGAUAUGUAUUUAUCACGUAAUAUAUCGAGAAGAUUGAAUCAUAUUGAGAUUCCUUAAUAAAACACAUACUU